CGUCAAAAAAUGUUGACAUGUCAGUCGAACCCCGUUAUCGCUAAAAACUGACCCAUUUCGUAGUCCAUCACAAACAAAGCAAUCACAAUGAAUUAGAAUCACGAAGAGUCGUCACAAUGGCACAUUCCGUCAACACCACUCCUCUUUUACAAGAAGUGGAUUCCUCUGACAAUGACAAUGAAGAUGUCACAGAACUUCCAGAUGACAGUGUUGUCAUCAGGGACACCAAGCCCCUGUUCAAAACCGAACCCAAAGACAAGUAUUACAUGGCAUACAUGAUUUUUUAUCUUCUGGGAAUGGUCACCCUGCUUCCAUGGAACUUCUUCAUUACGGCUGAUGAUUAUUGGUUGUACAAAUUCCGAAACGUGAGCAACAAUUUGACUUCGUAUUCCGUGACUAAGAGGACGCCGCUGCAGACUAGCUUCACUUCGUACAUCAGUGUGGCCUCAGCUGUGCCCAAUUUGGUGUUUUUGAUUUUGAAUACGGCCCUGACUCACAGGAUCUCUCUCCACAAGCGCGUCAUCGGCUCCCUCAUCGUCAUGCUCGGCCUGUUCAUAAUGACCCUCGUCUUCGUCACCACGAACACCGACGACUGGCAAAACGGCUUCUUCGUGGUGACCCUCACCACCAUAAUCCUCCUGAACGUUUGUAGCGCCGUCUUAUCUGGUAGCAUUUUCGGCGUAGUCGGCCGCUUUUGCCCCACUUACAUCACAGCAACUCUCGGGGGUCAAGCUCUAGGAGGAAUCUUUGCGGCUUUGGCCGAAAUCGCGUCUCUCUCCAUCGGGGCGUCUUCCGUUCACAGCGCUUUCGUCUACUUCAUCAUAGGCAAUCUCACCAUAAUCACUUCCAUUGUUUGCUACGUAGUCCUGACGAAGACAGUAUUUUUCAAGUUCCACUUGUACGAGAAAACUAUCACCCAGAACGAGUUCGAAACCGAGCUACUCAGACCACGAAUUAUCAGUCAUAAGAUGAUUUUGAAGAAGAUUUGGACCCACGGGUUGUCGAUGUUCAUGGUUUUUGCGAUCACGUUGUCGGUUUACCCUAGCGUGACGGUGUUGGUGGAGUCGGAAGGGAAAGGGCAAGGGCAUAGGUGGAACGAUGUGUACUUCGUGCCGACUAUAGCGUAUUUGUUGUUUAGCGUGGGGGACUACUUAGGCAGGAUUUUUGCAGGAAGGAUACAAAAGCCCAAAAAAGGCUACGUUUUGUUGAUACUGAGCACGGCACGUUUCGUCUUCAUACCUCUGAUGAUGCUCUGCAACGCCCAACCCAGAUCCCACUGGGGUGUCGUUUUUGAUAGAGAUUAUCAAUACAUAGUGAUAUUGUUCAUGUGCGCGAUAUCCAACGGGUACUUAGCGAAUAUCACUGCAAUUUGUGCCCCCAGGGUGGUGGAAUGCCACGAGAAGGAAACCGCUUCGUCCAUGAUGACCGUGUUUAUGGGUGUGGGGUUAGCCCUGGGAUCAGGAAUUAGUCUAUACAUGGUCAAGUUACUAUAAAUGUACUUAAUAGUUUAUUUUAUUGUGACUGCCAGUAAUUGUGAUACUUAGGUGUACCUACCUACCCAAAUUUUUUAUUUUAUUUUUAUGUGUACGCAAUAAAAAUAAAUUUAGUUAGGUAAAAAUCAA